AAACGAACCAAAAAAAAACAUUCUUUCCGGUCGAGAAAUCAAAAUGGCAGGUGGAAAACAGAACAAGUUAUCAAGAGAAGAAGAGCUUUUGCUUCAAGACUUUAGUAGAAAUGUCUCUACUAAAUCCUCUGCCCUUUUUUAUGGGAAUGCUCUAAUAGUCUCCGCUAUUCCAAUGUGGCUGUUUUGGCGCAUACAUCAAAUGGAUCUCUAUCAGUCUGCUAUCAUUUUUGUGAUUGGCUCUCUAAUCAGUACAUAUUUGGUUGCAUAUGCGUAUCGCAAUGUCAAGUUUAUUUUAAAACACAAAAUUGCUUUAAAAAGAGAAGAUGCUGUUGCAAAAGAAAUGAUGAAAAAGCUUGCUGAUGAUAAGCGUAUGACUAAAAAAGAGAAGGAUGAAAGGGUUUUGUGGAAAAAGAAUGAAGUAGCUGACUAUGAGGCUACCACCUUCUCCAUCUUCUACAAUAAUGCAUUGUACUUAGUUCUGCUAAUUGUGGCAUCAUUUUUUCUGCUGAAAAACUUCAACCCAGUUGUAAACUAUUCACUGUCAGUUGGAUCAGCUGCUGGAUUGUUGGCCCUAUUUUCCACUAGUAGCAAGGUUUAAUAUCACUUAAAGAUUAAAUACUCUGUGGUUUUGAUAAGAAUGAGUGGUGUAUGUUUUCGUAGAAAACAUUGCAUUUAAUUUAAAGUAAAAAUUGGUGUCCUAACCAUUUUCAAAUUUAUUUUGUCCACAUUAAGUUUGAUUGCUUAGAAUGGAUGUGUUCUGUUGCAUUUCAUUAUAAUAAAUCUCAUGUCAGUACAAGU